AUGGAUGGCAUAUGGCAAGGCGUGACGCCGUGACGAAGCCACGAGCAGCUCAGGCUUGCAGAGUUGCAGUGCUGCUCCAGUGUCCAGGGCUCCAGGCUAGGCUCUAUAAAAAGUCCUGGUCGUCCCCGGCCGACACGGACGGGAAGUCGCAAACAGUUAUGAUGUUCUGCGGCGCGGGCAGCUUCAAGGGCGUCGACAAGGAGGAGGGCGCCGGCGUCGGGAAGCCGGCCAAGGCGAAGGGGAAGAAAAACAACCCCUACGCAACGCGGGGACUGGACAGGUUCUCCGUCGUGCUGUCGGAGCUAGAGUCCAAGCGGGAGAGGAUCCUGCGGCGCGUCGGCUCGGACGCCGGCGCCGACCAUCUCAUGGUCCGGUUCGUGCAGUCGGAGGCCAAAGGAUGGGUGCCCAUCGUCGUCAAGCUCCCGCACGAGGAGGAGCAGGCUGCCGACGACGGCGCACACAAGAGGCAGGGCAAGGGCAGGACGGCCAGCAAGCCGACGACCUCGCAUCCGUCAACGCCGCCCGCUGAGCCUGCCAGCCCCAAGGACGAAGACGCCGCUAAGCUCACGCACGUCGUGGCGGCGAAGAAGCGUAAGGCCGGCGGGGUGCGGUGGUCCUGGGCCUGGGAAAGGGCGAAGACGAUGAGGCCGCGCCAUUACUGGCCGCUGGCCAUGGCGCUGCUGCUGCUGUGCCUCGUGGUGUUCGGGAGGGUGUUCGCCAUCUGCUGCACCUCCAUCUGGUGGUACCUCUUGCCGGUCUUGAGCGGGGAGGAAGCCCUGGGCCUGGCGAGACCGCCCGCGACGGCGGCGAAGCCCCGCAAGGAUGUUGCUAGCAUCAGGGCCGGCGACAAGCUAGCGCUGGCGCCGCCUGCUUCGCGUGGUGGCAAGAGGAGUAGCAGCGCUGGCGCCGCUCAUGAGAUGAUUUCACCCAGAAGCCAUGCACAUCGAAAGAAGGGGUAAUUUACUAAUUUGCAGGGUGUCUCGUGUUGUAUAGUUUUUUUUUUAGUUGGGUGGCCAGAAAGAACGAAUUUUCCGGGUUAUCUUUCCUGGAUUUGUUAAUUGUUAGAGAUGAUUUACUGCUCUUUUCGUGCCUGUAAAGAGGAUAGUUUGGCAACCCAUUUUUAAGUGAUUUCAAUUUUUUAGUUUAUUUUUUCUUAAGAAAUGGGAAAUAGAGUUACCAAAUUAGACCUAAAAAUGUACAUCAGCAGCCCCUUUUUGUGCGUGGCUACCACAAAAGUGUUUCCUCCGGAAUAAAUACCUCGAGCCAUGUUUCGUAU